AUGGACUCGGCGAAUAUUAAAGGGGGGCUAAGCAACGAGAACGGCGGCGUCUCCGGCGCAACGCUGAAAUCGGGGGGCGGUGCACACAGUGCCGAGGCGCAGGGGGAAGUGACACCGACUGAUAAGCGGGGCGAACUGCAGGUGGGGGGGAGGCCCAUUGGCGACGAUCCGGUUGAGGGUGGCACGGCUAAAGACGCGCCACUUGCGCAGAGGCAAACGGGGCGGACAGGGAGUACCCAUCAUGGGGGGAGCAACAAACGGGAGAGCGGCCUGACGGAUGACCAGCGGACCGACCGGAAGAAGAGCCAAGAACAGCGGGAGAGCCCCACCCCCCGCAGCGACGUCGAAUUUCACAAGCUAUACGAAAGCGACGAUAACAACUUUGUAUCCCCCCGGAACACCUCCACUAGCGAAUCGGUAAAAAAAGAGGAGCUAGAUAAGGAGAAAAAAAAAAAAAAAAAAAACAACAACAUGGUGCUUAACACAACCAUGUUGCAGUCAUACCUUCACAGAAGCUACGACAAAGUAUCGAACGCUUUUAUUAAGACGUCCAAAUCGCUGCUGAAAAGGACCAACAACAUUGGCUACGCUGAGGGGGUAGAAGCGGAAGCGGCAGAGAAGGGGAGGGCGGGCGCGGAUGGACGAGCAGGGGCAAAGGGGGGCAGCUCCGAUGGGGCCGACGCGACGAGCAAAGUUAGACGCGCCAGGGCAAGGCUGCUGAGGAGUUGCCAUAGCGGGGCGGCUAGUCAAAUGGCGAGUCAUCCUGUGAGCGUGUCGGGUGACCCCCCCCUCUGCCGCGAACCCGACGAGGACGCCUUCUUCGCCGAAAACUUCGAACUGAUAAAUAAAACGUUAAGGGAGGAUCACAAGUGGGGGGAGGAAAGUAAAGAGCGAAUGAUGGGGAAGUGCAAACAGCUACUGGAUAGCAACGAGACGGUGAAGCUCUACAACGAAAUUGAUAUCCUUUACGAGGAGAGGAUCCUCCUCGUCAAAUUUAUUAACUACUAUAUGGGGAUAACUGAAAAGCACCAGCGUGAGCUCCAGAAGAUCCAAACGUCCUACGAGAUUUUGCUCACGGAGAAUGAGCAGCUCUGCCAGAACAACAUCACGCUGAAGCGGCACAUCGAUUUGCAGCGCGCGGGGGAGAGCAAGGCGGAGAAGGAAGCGGAGAACGUAUGAGGCGGGUCGGCCAACCCAAAAGGGGCUUUCCAGUCGGCCCUCUAAAACGGCCCGUCACUGCCCUUUACACCUAUGUCGAUUGCCGCAUGCAUACCGGCACACUUCGCACGUAGAGCAUGUGAAGGCCCUACCCUUAACCGCAACCCCGCGAAGCUGAUUGCUCCACCAUGUCUAUCCUU